CAACGAGACGAGUUUCGAGCGUCCCGAUCACGGAGCGUCCCGAGUUUGUCCGAAAAGAUAUCGCUGUCGCGUAGAACGGUACUGCAGCACCAGUCGCCAUGCUCCGUGAUUGUUAAUCCCCGAUGAAAACACUCGCUCGUGUUGUUACACACGCGCAUACAACGGACCUCGCGUCCAUAAGAGUGAACAAUUCUUGAACAGUGUUAAAGUGAUGGUGAUCCCGUAACAAGUGAAGGGACAGAGAUUGAACGUUUUCAACGAGUUUACCGACAGACUACCCGCAUCCCCGCAGCUCCCCGUUUCGUGCGCCGAGUCGAGCCGUCGUCGGUGGCUGGACUUGAAAACUGAAAUCAUGGAUCACGACAGUUCGAGGGCGUCCGAAGAGUCCAACACCGCCCAUUUUAUUCAGUGAAAACAACGUUUUGUUACAGUUUGACAAAAGUGGAUUAAGCUCCUCGUCCUCGAUCCAAGUUUUUUCUGUCUAAUCGCAUUGUUUUCCUUUCUCUCUUCCCUUCCCCGCCGUUCAUCCACCCUGCUCGCUUUCGCUCUCCCUCUUUCCCUCUCCUUUUCUCACUCUCUCCCACGUACACAUCCACCCACACAUUCGCGCAAAGUGCACACACAGUAACCCAUUCUCUUUCACUCACCCUCUCCUAUCUUUGUCCUUUUGUUUCUUCGAGAACUCGUGCAAGUUUUCUUAGACGUAAACGUUAUCAAAGUGGCCCCCGUUACGUGUGCCGAACGAGGCAGCAAAAUUGGCUCAAACGCGGAACCUGCGAUGGUGAUAAGAUCGGAUGGCGGAAGCAGCGAAAGCCCGCUUCUCGUUGAAGAGGGCGAAGCAGUUGGUCAACCGCACAGUCCGCACCUGAAGCAUAGCCAUCCUCAUGUCGGCCACGCUCACCAGCCCCAUUCUCACCCGCACCCGCACCCUCACUCUCAUCCUCACCCUCAUCCCCAUCCACACGCUCAUGCCCACGGCCACGGUCACCACGGGCAGCAUCACCACGACAAAGCCAAGCAACCCGUGAAGUACGGAGAACUCGUCAUUCUUGGAUACAAUGGAUUUCUUCCACCUGGUGAUCGUGGCCGUCGACGAAGCAAAUUUGUUCUGGUCAAAAGGCAAACGGCGAGUGGUGUAAAGCGGAGCAAACACUACGUUGUUAAAACACCACACAGUUCAAAGGCUAUCCUCGAUACAACCCAGCAUUCGAUAUCGUACACGCUGACCAGGACACAGGCUGUCAUUGUUGAAUACACAGAGGACGAGGAUACCGAUAUGUUUCAGAUAGGCAGGUCUUCCGAGACGCCGAUCGACUUCGUAGUUAUGGACACUUGUCCUGGUGGCGCAGAGGGCGGAUCGGCUCCGAGCAGCGAGGGUCGCGUAGCACAGAGCACAAUCAGCAGGUUCGCUUGUAGAAUUCUUGCCGAUCGAGCGGAUCCGCGAACCGCAAGGAUAUACGCCGCUGGAUUCGACAGUUCGAGAAAUAUCUUUCUAGGGGAGAAGGCGACAAAGUGGCAGGAGAAUCGCGAGAUAGACGGACUAACGACAAACGGUGUAUUGAUCAUGCAUCCGAGGGGUCAGUUUUGCGGCGGCGAGGCCGAGUGCGGACUUUGGCGAGAGGUCAGUGUAGGCGGUGGGGUUUUUUCACUUCGAGAGAGCCGGAGCGCCCAGCAAAAGGGUUGCGUCGUCGAGGACGAGAGCAACGUACUUCAGGAUGGUACGCUUAUUGACUUGUGCGGUGCUACCUUGCUCUGGAGAUCGGCCGAGGGACUCGCCAAAUCGCCGACAAAGCACGACCUGGAAGAGUUGGUCGAUGCGAUAAACGCGGGACGACCGCAAUGCCCGGUAGGACUGAACACCCUCGUUAUACCUCGCAAGGCUGCGACGGAUUCGGCACAGCAGCAUCAACCGUACGUCUAUUUGAAGUGCGGUCACGUACAGGGACACCAUGACUGGGGUCAGGAAAAGGACAAGGUGACGCGAAGGUGCCCCAUGUGUCUCGUCGCUGGUCCUAUUGUUAAACUCUGCAUGGGCAUAGAACCGGCAUUUUACGUCGACAGCGGACCACCGACCUAUGCCUUCAGCCCCUGCGGUCACAUGGCUACUGAGAAGACUGUCAAGUACUGGGCACACGUCGCGAUACCGCACGGGACCAACGGAUUCGAUGCGGUAUGCCCGUUCUGCGCGGUACCCUUGGAAGGAACACCCGGGUAUGUCAAGCUCAUCUUCCAAGACAAUGUGGACUAAAUGAUGCCGUUGGAAAUGAAUCUUUAAACGUUAUUUUUUCACCAUUCGAAACGAUCAUUCGACGAGACAAGAACUGGCAUUGUUAUUGCAACUCCUGGAUAUUGCUCACGAUCAUCGUUGUUGCAUAUGAAUUCGAAGACUGCAGUU